AUUACGCAUAAUUUUUUUUGUGCAGACUGACACAUUGAGUUUGCCGACGAAUGCGUCGUCUGCUACCGCGCUUGUCGGAACUGAUGACUCCAGAACAUAUUCCACAAUCCGGCCAACAGAACGAGAAUUUUCAAGUUCAAAUUCCACAAUAAAUGAAACAUCAGACAACACUGUUGGCCAAAAAAAUGGAUACAACCUGACCACGUCAGACUUAAACUCUUCUCAAAGUCAUCAUGAUGAAUGGAGCAGCUCCACUGAUCAAUCAACGAAACCUGAUGACAAUCCACGUACUUUUGCUGAUGAAAAACUGCAUGUUAUGACGGAAAAGCCUAGCAAUCUCACAGUUAUGAUGAAUGUCACAGACUCAAAAUCUGUUCCUAUUGAACGGAACGCGUCCGGAAAUGACGAGCGGAGUCUGUCCAUCUUGUCUCGAAAGAUAAAUCCGUACGCCGAUAUAAUGAGGGACAUUCAAGAAUUUUACUCUAAAGUACCAAGUGACAUAAACAUAAACGUAACUGAUGAGAGCAGCAAUUUUACAAUGUCAUCUAAGAAUGAAUUUAUGAAAAAUGAGUAUCAAACACCCAUGAAAAAUGCUAGUGUUCCCGAUACUCUAGAAACCGCAACGAUGUCAUAUGAAAUCGGUUCAAUAGACAAAAAAGAAUUCGCAGAAGCCACCGAAAGUUCUAAAACGUCAUCGGAUGCACGUCCGAAGUUGUUACCGAUUAUAUUAGAAAGGAAGACUGAAAAAAUCGAGUUAAACGAACCACUAGAAAGCGACAAUCCCGUCUAUAACACUGCAAAUUUCCACCUGAACGAAAUCGGCAUAAAAUUAACUAACAAACAUUUAGAAUUCAAUAUAAAUGAGACAUCAACAGUAACAGAAUGGCCGGUAAAACUGCAUGAGGAAGAGUUUGAAGGAAGCACGUUGCUCAACAAUCAAAAAUAUAACGCUGCAAACCAAACUAGCACCACGGACGGAUCAAAUGACACUUCUUUUCAGAAUGUUCAUAAGCUACUGUCCAGCAAUAAUCUUAGCAGCCUUGUUCCCAAACUUAUAUCAAAACACGAAAUGAACGACGUUGCUGAUGAAAAUCAUAACUUAACUCUGUGGAAAAGUGGGGGCGCUGCAGCAGAGAAGUCGCUCGUUGGCGACCAUGAGGCGUUUGCCUCGGAGCAGCUGGUCCAGGAGUCACCGGGGAACGGAAUUCACAACAACAAUAAUGGAAAUACUAGUGGAAUAGACGUAUCUUUUACUUCAGGAAUUAAAUUAUCUAGCACCGACCAUGUAAUUCCAGAGACAAAUACUCUUCCUACCAGACCACAGGACCAGCUGUUGUUAUCGUCUACCGGAACUCCGGCAAUAAUCACCGAAAAUAAAUUACGAACUUUCUCCAUAGAAGAAAUAGAGAAAAUGAUGCACGAAAUGCAGAAAAAUGUGAAUUUUGAGCCAGUCAACGUACCGAAGAAAGAUUUGAAUAUUAGGAACAAUGUUGAAGUUGAAAAUGAAACGAAAGUUUCAAUAGUGCGGCCAAAGUCGUCAGCCUCGUCCCGAAGCGCCUUUCCUCCAUUGACACUUGCUGGUCAUAACGAAAGUGUUACGGAAAUUCACGCAGCUGGUGAUUCUGAGGGCUUGAGUAACACACAACGUAUGUCAGAAAUAGUUGUACAUAUUCAGGAUGAGAUUCUAUCCCUUUUCAACCAGACUGAUCAUAUUUCGAAAAAUAUAGAAUUCAUAGAACAUAAGCUGUCGGCCUUGCUAAGCAGAGCGAAAGAGAUAGUGCGCACAACUUCCUUGUAA